AAUCUGUCUAUAAGACUUUAAACCUCGUAUGUAAGAUACUUAGACCUAUUCAUAGCUACUCGAUCUGUAUCACUGCUUGUGCUAUAACAACAUUCAAAACAACACAGUUCAAGAAGAAGAGCCAGACUUGAUAAACUCAUGAUUUACUAGGCUUGUCUGGGAUUAUCAAAUUGUUCUGGCAACAACAGCUGAUAAAAUGUGGAAAGAGUUGAAGAAAAACCAGCUAGUCAAGUACGGCGCUGUGACCACAGUGUCAACCAUCAUGCCGUUUGUCUCCAAACCAGGCUAUGUUUUACUGCGAAAGUGGAUCGCCGGUGGGAUAUGCCGCAGUCGUGCCAAGCUGCAUGGAAGGACUGUGGUGAUCACUGGUGCCAACACUGGUAUCGGCAAGGAGACGGCCUGGGAUAUGGCCAUGAGAGGAGCCCGGGUGAUCAUGGCUUGCCGAGACCUCAGCAGGGGAGAGGCAGCUGCAACAGAGAUCCGCAGUUCCACAGGAAAUACUAACGUGGUGGUGCAACAACUAGACCUGGCCUCCCUCGGGUCAGUACGACAGUUUGCCAGGGAAUUCAUUGCCACAGAGACCCGUCUGGACAUACUUAUCAACAACGCAGGUAUAAUGCUGUGUCCCAAAAGCUUCACAGUGGACGGUUUUGAGAGUCAAUUUGCUGUCAAUCACCUAGGACACUUCCUAUUGACCAAUCUGCUCCUGGACAUGCUGAAAGCCUCCACCCCCAGCCGCGUCGUCAAUGUGUCUAGCAUCGCUCAUCAAGGCGGAAAAAUCCACUUUGAUGACCUUAACUUUGAUAAGAAGGGGUACAACUCAGUAAUCGCCUACAAGCAGAGCAAACUGGCCAACCUCCUCUUCUCCAGGGAGCUGGCACGAAGGACCAAAGGUACUGGAGUGACGUCGUAUUCCCUGCACCCCGGGGUUAUUCGGACAGAGCUGUGGCGCCACUCGCAGUCAAAGUACCCCACACUGAGUUCCAUGCUGUCAGCCCCCGCCUGGCUCCUGAUGAAGACCCCCAGGGAGGGGGCCCAGACCACCAUCUACUGUGCCGUCACUGAGGGGCUGGAGGAGAAGAGUGGCUGCUACUUCAGUGACUGUCAGGUUAAGGAGCCAGCUCCUGAGGGGAGAGAUGAUCUUGCAGCACUGAGACUAUGGGGCGUUAGCGCCGGGCAAGUGGGACUUAAUAAGAACAACUGAACAACUCGCCUUGCAACACAGUGACACUCCCAACCCCACCUGCCAGAGCCCCCCGGAUACUGCCAUAUUUUUUUUUACGUUGGCUCUUAACUUUCAUAUCAGAAGAAAUCCAGUAUUCUAUACAUUUUCUAUAUUCUAUCUUUUUGGAUGUUGUAUUAUAAUACAGUAUGUUCUGAUCACAAAAAACAAUUAUGUAUUGUAUUGUAUUGAAGUUUAUUCUCGUUACAAUGGUCUUCAUGCUGUUGAAUAGAUUGACGAAUCUAAUAAAUUCUGUAUUUUUCAUGUUUUCAUAAAUAAAUAAAAUGUGUUGUUGUUUUGCUUUAGAAGUCUUUGCGUGAGUAAUAGUGUCAUUUUAUGAAUAGU